AUGGCUGCAGCAAAGAUAAAUGGUCAUACUGAACAGACAUCAAUAACGGAAACUCCAAAAUGUAAUUGUUGUCCGUACGGAUUUCACAUAGAUCUUGGAUUUGUUGAUUUUGUAACGAAUGUUGCUGGCGAGAACAGCAAUGGCUUACCUGCGAAUGACAGAAAUGAUUUGCAAAAAAAAUCAAAAAAAUAUAUUAAUGGUGAAAAUGAUACAGUCAAUAAAUGGUGUGGAACAUCGAAGCAAUUAAUUAGGAAAGCUCCAUUUAGUCCGUUAGAUUCUAUUUUCAGUGACUCACUGGAGAAUGUAGUAAGCGAUUUUGAAGAAGCAUUAAAUUUGCGAGAAAAUAAUUCAGAAGGAGGACCGAGAAAUGUGCCAAAUAAUGUGCGAAAAAAUGUACGAUACAACAAUGGUUACUUUUCAGAUUAUGGGACAACGCAAAAUAGCAAUCGGCCAUUGCCAUCAAAAAUGCGACAUGUGACAUCAUCAUCAAGAAAACCGCUAUUCCUAUCUGAAGUACAACAGCAUGGAUAUCACACUGCUUUGGGAAAAGCAAUGUCAGAGAUCAAAUCGAAGCAUCAAAAUAAUGAACUGAACGAUGAAUUCCGAAAGACCAUAUUCACAACAAAUGGUUCUCGAGCACACGAUGUUGAGAAUAUGGAAAGUCGAAGUUACGAUAUCAAUUUAUCAUCCCAAGAAGGUAAGACACACUAUUUGGGUAGUAGAACGCCGGAUAUGCCACGACGUUCGUUCACUCUCGCAUCAUCAACACAUAAUCAGUAUGUGAGUGAUACGGAAGCAAUACAACGACCGCAAUGGAGGAUACGUUCAUCGGUGGAACGAUCAUCGAGUGCUGCAGAUAUUGGUGGAUUUGUUAGUAUGAGACGUCGGAAAGGAAAUGAUAAUGCUAAACCGAUACCCCCUAUUCCAUCAUCAAUAUCUUAUCCAAGAAAUUGCACGCUUUUCUCAGAACGAAUAAGAUGUGAUCGAAGUUCACCAUCUCAUUUGUCAUUCAAUUUUUCGACAACCGAAAAAUAUUCAACUCCAAAGAAUUUUGGCAAUGUUAAAACAACCACGAAAACAUCUAUGAAAAAUAUUUCAAAUGGCAUUAUCGAAAAUGAUUUUGUGCAGUUAACAAACGGAGAUGCACAGACGGUUGGUUCAAAAGAUCCGAAUAACGAUGUCAAUGUCAAUGCCAACCGACUAUGCUUUCAAUGCUGCAACCUUCAAAAACAGCUGUCUGAUUUAUCGUGCAGAUUAAAAGAAGCGACGGAUGAAAUGAAAAGUAAAGAAAUUGGAGAGUUAAGAAGGAAGAGAGAAGAUACAAUUGUUGUUGAUAAAAAUGUCGGAGGCUCGUGUGAAAUGCUUAAUAAUUCAACGAUUGAAACGAUACAGGUGGAGAAAAAAGAUGCUGCCAAUGAUGCAUUGUUUAUUGAAGUUGAAAAUAAGAGGACAAGUGUAUCAUUGGCGGAUCGAAUUGAAAUGCAUUGGUAUGAAGAUACCACCACUUCAACUGUUCCAGAACCACAACGUUACUCAAUUGGUGUUAUAACCGAUAAACUGUUAGCUUCUUCACCUUCUCGAGAUACUAUAAUUGAUUCGAGAAGUGAUGAAUUACUAACUGUUAAACUAGAAUGUGAUACUGUACCUGUGCUCACUAAUGCAGGAAUAGAUUGUGGCUGUGGAAGUGAUAUGUUUACUGUAAUGUGUGAUUUUUCGAGUAUGACGGAUGCUGUCGAGUUGGUUGACUCUGGAAAUGAGAGUAAACAAACCAUUUCUUUGCUCAAAGAUUCCUUUUCGAUGACAACUCCGAUCACAUCCCAUUCACGUCACAUUCAAACGGAACAUAUCAAAACGAGAACAGUAUGCGUUUCCACAUCACCGGAACAUCUUCUAAAUAAUAGUGCCGGUACAGCACAGGUAAUUCAAAAAGAUUCUUACACAACUUGCGAUAAUAUGGAUGCUGAAUUAAAAAAUGAAAAGGAAAUUGAACGAAAGAUAUGUUACAGUAGUGUAGCGCUGCAAACAGACUUUGAACCGGAGCAAAAUGAGCCAAGAAUAAUUGAUGAUAUGGAAAUAGCAGAAUCGCUAUGGCUGAUUCCGCCUAAAGACAGAAAGGAUGUAGCAGUGGGUAACGAGGAUGAUGUGAUCGAGGUAUUUAAAAUACCUCCGACGCCUGAUACUGAAAUGCCUCCAACAUCUGAUAAUAAAAUAUCUCCAGAAGAUGAUAAAAUCAAGUUGCAAAAAGGGAUGAUAUUAGAUAGUGAUGAUGACGAUACGAUUUCUGUAGUGGAAGAAACAUUGUGGGAUCCAGAAGAUAUCGAUUUCGAAAGUUCAAAGUCUGCGGAGCAGUUGUCGUUGAGGCAACAUAAUACAGACAAUUUAGACGAUAAAAUUACAAAUGAGAUCGCCACAGAGGUCAAAACAUCUCGAGCAUUAGGUCAUACUCGCGCAGCUGUAGUUAAAAAAAUAUUAACUGAAAAAUCACAGCCAUUAAAUUUCAUUCGUGGUACGACAACAUCCAAAUCUUGGCGACCAACCACUAAAAAAGGUGACCCGUUACAGUACAUCGUUGAUCAGCAUAAAACACAGAGCGGUUCAACUCCUUCAAUACCUCAAACAGCAAAAGGUGCUUUGAAAGAAAAAGUCAAUCUUAAGAAAGAUGUUGUGCCAUUACAAAUGCCAUUAUCGAAGGUUCCGGAACCAGUUCCAGCUCGAAUACCACGACCAAAAAUCAGCAAAUACAUUCCUGGAGAAACUGUACCACAAUCACCUGAUGAAGAAGCUGAAAUAGCCGAUCGAUUGACUCCAUUACGUUCGGAGAUGCGUACUCUACGAACAUAUUCCAACGGACGAGCAAUAACGUUUUCCCGACCAGCACAACCUCUGAAUAAUGCAUCACUGAGGAUACCUCCCCCAACCUACGACAAAACUAACAGUCCUAUCGUUUUUGAAGACAGUACAAGUUCAUCUUCCGAUUCGGAAGGUUCAUACGAUACGAAUGAGACAGGUAAUGCUACCCAAUUUGAACCAACAUCACAACUUAAUGAAGCAAUCGAGAUUCUCAAAAAACACUUCCAGAAGCCGGAUUCAGUUGAACCUUCUUUACUGGAUUGGGCAACAAAACAUGCCAAACAUGAAUGGCUGAAAACGGCAGCGCGGAAAACAGCAUCAGCGAUUCAAGUGGAAGGUUUCAUCGACUUCUUAGAAGCAACAUCAGAUGCUGUUCUCAAAUUCGUCGUCAAUCUGACUGAUCCCAAUGAAAAUACUGCUCUUCAUUAUGCAAUAUCUCAUGGUAAUUUUGACGUUGUUAGUGUGUUGUUGGAUUCGCGUGUAUGCAAUUUGGAUCGUGCAAAUAAGGCAACAGUGAUGUUGGCAUCGCUUUGUGAUGCAUCUGAUGAAGUUGAGGCUGCCAUUAUUCAUCGUUUGUUCCAGUUAGGUGAUGUUAAUGCUCAAGCUGUUCAGCAUGGACAAACAGCACUAAUGUUGGCUGUUUCGCACGGUAAAAUAAAUACGACAAAAUUGUUGAUUGAUUGUCAAGCUGACCUCAAUAUACAGGAUGAGGAAGGCUCUACAGCAUUGAUGUGUGCUGCGGAACAUGGCCAUAAAGAAAUCGUGAAAUUACUGCUUGUACAACAAGAUAUUGAUGCUUCACUUUCUGACUGUGUGCGCAGUUUUAAUGACAGUUCAACAGCCUUAUCGAUUGCGGUGGAGAAUGGUCAUCGUGAUAUCGGUGUUCUGAUCUAUGCACAUCUCAAUCAUUCAUGUAAACAAAAUCAGAAUCAGCAAAAGAUUGAAUCAACUUCUUGA